UUUUAUUGUAUAUUUAUGGUGCGAGUGGGGUUAGAAUUUCUAUUUCUCAUUCUCGACAUCUCAGGAGAAGCACGAACUCGGUAUGUAUCGUUGUAGGAUGUGCUGAUGUGUUGAUGUGGCGCCGUCUGCACUAGCUAUUAAUCACGAGUUCUACGGUGCGAGCUGAAAGUUCCUGCCGCGCGUAUCGCUACCCUUCGCCGCUUCUUGAUUUGAAUGGCAAUAGGCUGAACUACUUCUGCCUAUUUGAAGACUUCUCCCGACGGGGGGGGAAGUAAGUACGUUUUUGCUUGGGAUGAAACUUUGAUCUGGUUUAUGUCCGCAAUGUUGGGUGCUUCUGUGCGAAGUCGGGCAUUUUGUGCGGUUUCGUGGAGGACGAGGAGAGCUCGGGAAAACCGAAAAAGGCUAAGACAUGCGCGCACUUCGAACGUAUGUUACACGCUGUCAUGGACAUGCUGAGACCGGGCGGCAUUCUAGUUUUGCUCCAGGAGCACAAAAGAGCAAUAUCUCGGCUCGCCGAGGUUCGAGGACAUCUUCAUCUGGGCUCGGAGGCAUCGCAACAGGCGCAGCGAAAAGCUGACGGCAGCAGCCUCUCGGAUGAGGUUGCUACCUCAUUGAAGGAUGUCCGGAACCUGGUUGCGGAUCAGGUGCAGCUGUUCCAUGACAUUGUGAAGCCACAGACUUAGGCUGGAGUCUACAUGGAGGCCGAAAUUACGAUGGGAGUUGUCCAACCCAAUGAAGACUUCUCAAAGGAGUCGCUUUUCCCUGGGGUGGUCGUCUACCAGGCGUUAAUCGCGCAAAAGAAGCAAGACCCUGAGGAUUAUGCAGCCCCGGGCUCGUCGUGGUUGGAGCAGAGUGGGUCGAACAGCGAUACGGCGGCAGGAUUCGGUAACCUUUCCUGGAGAACCAGAAUGCCAGAUGAUGGGGCGCUGGAGGAAGUCGCAGUCAGUAACGUGGUCGGGAAAGUCGGAACAAAGGGAUCACGGCGCCCCAAGAAAGGACGAAAUUGAAUUGUUUGCACCCCGUGUCGUGCAGAUUGAAAGCAGCUUCGGUGUCGGCAGAAUCAAUUAGUACAGGGGCGGCGACUACACGUCGUUCAAAUCUCAAAACACAGCUCCAGACCGGAGGCAUGUGGUGAGACAGCUGUCCGUGAGUAAUAUUACUACUCACGGGCAGCUGUCUCUCUUCCUACUUCCACUUAUAUUUAGCCGCAAUUUAUCUACUAUUCAUUCCUUCAUUGAUUCUUCCUUGCUUUAGUGCUUUCAUCGGGCACUGAAAUUGAUGAUGGUGCAGAUGACGACUUCCAGAGGAAAAAAGGGCUCAACUCAUAACGUUGCAUUGUGCUAGCAAUGUUGGUCCUUGCAGCUUGCAUAAAACCGAAAGCGUUGUAAACUAUAUCUAUGUAUAUUGCUUAAACCCGAAUAAAGCGUUGUAAACUAUAAGGAGGAAAACUAGAUGAGUCCAGCUUUUGGUAAAACGCGUUGCGUUUGUUUUUCCCCAAAUAGAAGACACGACAGGUUGCUGCUUUCUUGACUACCCAUACCUGGAUUUUGUUUUUCAGAGGACAAAUACAUUCUUACUGUACAGCAACAUUAGAAGCAUGUCACGUUGUAUUGCUGGAUUUGUUUUCCAGAAGAUACAAAGCUAGAUAUUUAUUUCAGCAUUUCGCGCCACGUAUGAUUUGGAUCUGUUUUCCAGAUUAUACUGCGAAGUUUUGCAUGUCAAGUAACAAGAGCUCCUCACUUUUGUACACAAACUGUUUUUAGAUAGCGGUCACUGUUGACCACGUACUACUGCGCAGUCUAUUAGAGGUCAUUGAAAGUAACUUCUAUUGUGAGUACGGCAGUAGAAUUACGGGGAUGCUGAAAAAUAUGAGGACGAAAUGGCAAAGUCUCUCUGAAGCUGUCUGAUGAAAAAUGGCAAGUCAAAUUCCCAGUGUAUUCCUCAUGCGGAUAAGCAUAAGCUUUCCAAACCUCAUCUUCCG